AUGCAAGACAGCUUCAUCGCUAAAAUUAAAUGGCAUACCCAAGCGGCACUAGGUUUGCCGUCAUCUGAGCCAUCAGGUUCGGGAGACGGUGGUAAACCUGUGCAAAUAUUCGCGCGCAUCAGGGAAAAGACUAGGGGAUGGCAUAAGCUAAGAAGGAUUGGGGCUAGACCUCAGAGUCUACGGGCACAGUAUCUCGUUGAACAAACCAAAAUUCAAGGUACGGUUUCGCCUCCAAACAUUAUAUCACGUCCCGCCAUGGAACUGCAACGGCUUCCCCCUUUACUAGCGGAGCUACCAGGUGACAACAGACAUACAUAUUCCCGGGCGAGACUUGAGCGAAGUCAGUCAGCGCAGCGACAUGAAACUCCUGGCUCUCGCCCAGUUCCUGCCACUGACGACUCUCAUCCACCCGGAGAGAGCGGCAAGUUCAUUAUUAUUUCUGACCCUAUACGCGAUCAUGCGAUGGACUCUGGUCACCAGCACAAAGACACACCUCAUGAACAGAGAGACGGAAUUGUUGAACAUGAGAGGGAUCUCAAGAUACUAUCGGGUGAACCUUGUAUUCCUCUAGGUCCAAGUCAUGUCGUCCAAGAUGAUGCUGAAAUUCUUCGUCACGAGACACGCAUACAGACGAUCCGGAGAGAUUGCGAACAGCUAACGGAAAUCAGAACGGAGCUAGAGCGCCAAAUACUCGAAGCGAAAGAGUUUGCCUUCAAGCUGUACUGCCAGACACAUGAAUGGGAGUAUUGGAGUCCAAUUCUACAAGAACCUGUUCCCCUGCUGCAGGUAUUGAGGGGACUUCAAACGACCAUGCUGUGGCUGCAAGCCCGCGUUCAGUGGUACGAAAGAAAGUACCCUGGGCUUCGUGAGCAGUACAACAAGGACAUGGGACUGCAGAACAAGACUUCUGCGGUGGUAAGGCUGGAGGAUGGUGACAUUUAA